AUGCGGAGGUUCUUUCCACUGUUAGCUGGAAUCUUUAUUGUGCUGGUCGUUGGUCUUGUGCAGUGGAAAUGGGAGGUGAUAUCCAACAUUGACCUAUACAGACCACCAGUGCUGCAUGACCUAUACAGACCACCAGUGCUGCAUGAAGCUCCAGAGAUCGCGGAAACCAUUCAACAAAUCAAUGACUCCCGGCACCUCAUGGUGUCUGCAUUUAAGGACCAUCGUAAACGGGGGGUCAUACGGGUGAUUAGCAUUCUCAAAAGAUGGGCGCCCAAGAAGCUGUACUGUGUGCUCUGUGUUCAAGCUAACGCUAACGCUAACGCGAGGACUGAGGGAGAUGAGGCGUUUAGUCAGUGUGAGUCUUCAAAGGCAGUAGUUAAAAUACACAGUGACCACUUUGGCUUUCCUUACGGGACUUCGGACAUAUUGUGCAACAGUCCGUCGUCCUUUGAGCCCACACAUGUGGCCAUAUCAAAGGACCCAAUCGCUAUCGAGAAUUUAAAAUAUUUACCCAUUCAAAACCAGGAGCCCAAAGAUUCAUUUAAGUACAAUUUCACUGUGUGCAUAUCCAACCUCUUUGGUGAGUACAACAAUGCCCUUCAGUUUGUGCAGACCAUGGAGGUCUACAAGCUGAUUGGCGUUCAGCGAGUGGUCAUCUACAACACCAGCAGCGGGCCAGAUCUGGAGAAAGUACUCAAGCAUUACAGUAACGAGGGCAUGCUGGAGGUUGUUCCAUGGCCAAUAGACAAAUUCCUAAAGCCUUCAAAUGGGUGGAGGCGAAGUAAAUCACCUGGGCAAUUGCAUUACUACGGCCAGCUCGCCACGCUAAACGAAUGCAUAUACAGAUACAUGUAUCAGUCCAAAUACCUCCUCCUGAACGACAUUGAUGAGAUUGUCAUGCCUUACAAACAUGCCAGCCUGGGGGACCUAAUGAACGCCCUACAGAAACGCCAUCGUCACUCUGGGGUUUUCCUAGUUCAGAACGCCAUUUACCCCAAAACCCAGUUUGACGACAGCGGGCGCUUUAGCCGGCCUGAGUGGCAGAAUGUGCCCGAUAUAAAUAUCCUGGAGCACGUUUACCGCGAGCCUGGCCAGAGGAAAAUAUUCAGGGCCACUAAAAUGAUUAUCAAUCCUCGCUUUGUGGUGCAGACAUCCGUACACUCAGUCCUAAAGCACUUUGGACCCUCCGUCAUGGUCAGGUUUGAUGUCUGCCACAUAAUCCACGUCAAGAAACCUCGACGAAGGAAACUAGACAAAGACCAACUGCAGGAGGACAAGAGGCUUUGGGAGUUUGAGGAGAAGCUGCUACCCAACAUUAAUCGAGCACUUAAUGAGUCAGGACUCUUACUGUGA